CUAGUCAGACUUGUUGCCUCCCACAAUGUAUCAAGGCUAACUGUUUUUGUCAAGCGACAGGUUUAGGAGACCAGUGGCUGUGCGCAUGUGGUUGUGGAUGAUUCAGCGAGAGUCGAGUCCAGUGAGCAGAGCACUUGACAGCGGCGAGCCUAGCAACACUAGCUAGCUACUGAACAAGCGAAACAAGCGUUUUUUCGGACAAUGAAUUUUUGACAAGAAAUUUUAAUGAACAAAUGACCACUAGGAGAGAGGCGACGACAAAAUCUUGAUGCUUUGGUGGACCAUACAUAGCCAUACGCCUGGCUGAAGAAAAAAAAAACAUCUGCUUCAGGGAAAGGUGUUAAUGUUACUUGACAACUAGCCAUAAUGUUUUGGAUUUGACUUGCUCAGUCAUAGAUAUGGUGCUUUCAUAUCAAGCAGUGUUUGUAAGGCCAUUUAACUGAACAUUUUUAUUGAGGUAACUAGCUAGCCAGGCUACUGCUGGCUUGAAUUUGCUAGCUAGCUGACUAGCCAACGUUAGCAAUUGGACCUGCACUUGUUAUUCAAUCAACCAGCCUAUUCACUCCUCAAUUCAGGAAUUUGCGGUCGUGCAUGUUAAUGCAUCAUCAUCUGUUUCAAUAGCUCUGCCAGCCCUGCACACCCAUGAUCCAGCAGGCAGCUGAUGGAAGAUCCGGUUCCCAACUUGCCCACCAUGGUCUCCAGGCUACCCAAGUUUGGCUCGCGCCCCACGGCCGUGGCUGCCACCGCCCCACUGACCAAUGGGACCCGCCACCACCCUGCCUCCAGCACCACAGGCAAAGGGUUACCCACUUCCACCACCAGGCAGAACGGAACAAUCCGUAUGCCCUCCUCCUCUCUGAAGUGGAAGAAGGGGAAAGGGGGAGACCCUGUGGAGAGGGGGGUGGACUCAUGGGAGGAGCACAGAACUGGAGCUGGGCAUCACCCCCGACAACCGCAGCACUUACCAAUGGUGGUACGGGAGAUUAAGAAGCCGUCUAGCAUGCCUGCCACAGUUAAGGUACAGGGGUGUGCUUCCACCUGCCCCAGGACUAUACGCUCCAGAACUGGGUCUCGCGGGGCCAUCCCCAAACAGGCCUUGUCUGGACAGAGUCUCGGCAAUGGCAAAGCGGGUCUCAACGGCCAGGCGGGUGGUGGUGGGCGGUCUGGGACCGGGUCACUCAGGCGGGGCCAAAGCCGUGGUUCUCCCCACAGCAACCUGACCAGCAGCGUAUCCCAGUCCAGUGACAGCCUGGAGACGGCCACAGAGGAGAACAUGUUGCGCUCCCAGAGCCUCACCCACGUCAAGAGGAUCCCCUCCCCCACCGAGCCACCCAUCAUCCGCUCCUACUCCUUCAACAGGGCCUCGGAGCUUGCCAAGGAGCUGCCCAGGCCUCUAGCCAAGUACCCGCUGGUCAAGACAUCUCCCCUGGCCAGACCCACCACUGUGCUGAGUAGUGGGGGGAGAGGAAAAGGCCUACAUCUUAGUAAGGGUGGACCUAGGCCAGGCAGGGCUGGGGUGGGAACAACUAGCUGCAUCUUGCCACCCAUCACACUGAGGAAGUCCUUACUACCUAGUUCAGCCUCCUCCACCACCAAGCCUUCGGCCCUCAGCUACAGGCUCACACGACCCUCCCUCAUCAAGCAGCCUCACCCUGUCCUGGCCACCACCUCCCAGAAGGUCCAUGGCAACAGAAAGGAAAGCGAGGGGAGGAGGAACUCGGUGGAGAUGCCCCCUGUCACCCCAGACCCGAUCAGCAUCACUGACAGCCCAGGGAGCACCACAGAGGGCCUGCUAGAGGAGCCUGUGGGCCCCAGUGGGGUCCAUCCCCUGGGGGAAGGUCUGGAGGACAUGUCACUCUCAUCCACCUCCUCCCUGGAGCACGACGACACCAGCGAGGAGUACAUGGACGAUUUUGACAACCUGGGAAAUGGAGGAGACGGCAUUCUGCUGCUCCCGGCCCAGAACGGAGGGCUCGACCAAUCACAGCCUGACUUGGAUGAUGACAACGUAGACGUCAACCGACGGCACGGUGGAACCUCCAUGACUGGCCUUCACAGCUUCCUGUCUGAGAGUGUGGACUGGGCCAGGAUAGGACUCACUGGGCGGUUGUCUCGGCGUACUAGCCAGGCCCUGUCUGGGGGUGCAGAAUACCCCCUUGGCUCAUCUCUGGACCUGUCCCCCUCAGACUCUGGCUCGGGGGGGACCUACAUGUGGGACGAGGAGGGUCUGGAGGCCCUUGGGACCAUCACACACCCCUGUGGGAGUUACGACUCAGACCUCAACAGCAUGGUGGGUCUGGAUAGAAUACAAUAUCAUUUAAUAUAA